AUGGAGGCCCCAGCCACAACCCCUCGAUCCCGGAUUUUGGGCCGCUCCUCCGUGUUGCGCUUCUUCCGUAGCCUGAGGGGGAGCAAGAGCAGCCCGAAAAGCUCUGACAAGGCACUGUCAAGGGGUCGGGCGUGCCCCUCACAAGAGCACGACGCCAUCCCCCUGAUGACGGACCACCACCGAGGAGUGGGGAGGAAGGAGCCCAGGCCACCCGCCACAGUGCCCUGCAUCCUCUCUGUGGCCAUGCCACGGCACGGUCCCUCGGGGCUGGGGGACACGGGGACCCAGACCCCCACCCCCAGGGAGGUCCUGAAGGUCAUGGCCCAGGGUGUGGAGGUGAAGUCAGUCCUGCCCAGAGGAAGCCAGGAGGUGCUGGACGACCUGUCUGAGAAGGAGGGGAGGGAAGAGGAGGAGGAGGAGGCAGCAGGGGAGGCCUCCCGGGACACAGGGACCUCAGACAGGAGCCACUUUGCCAGAGCCCUGGAGGUGGAGCAAGGAUGCCUGCAGAGGGCCGUGGGGCCACUGGAGGUCAGCCCCGAGGCCUUCCCCAGGGAGGAGAAGGAGCGUCUGCUUGAUGGAGACCUCAGGCUGGCCUCUUUGAAGGUGGGGGCGACCCCCUGGAACCGCCUCCUCACCUUGUACAAGCAGCUUCAGAAGUCGGCAAAGUUUCCUCUCAAGGAAGGCUUCCCAUCUGAGGAGAAAGGGGAGGAAGAGGAAAUAGAGGAAGAGGACAGGUCAUUCAAGCUCUGUGUCCCAGGCACUGUCAGCCUCCAGUCACCGCUGCAUAAGACCUUUAUGUCAACAGACACCGUGGGGUUCGUGGAGUCAGAGUUAAAGAAGCUUCUGGUAGUGCAGCGAGAGUCCCGCCUUUGGAAGAUGGGCAGCCACGAGGGCCGGGAGCUGCUGACCCAGCCGGAGAUCACCCUGGAGGAGGCGGGCGUUGUGGACGGCCAGCACCUGCUCCUGGAGGAGAUGGACGAGAUGGGAAACUGGCCUCCGGAGUGA